UUUGUUGUGAAAAAAAUUUAAAGCUGAGAAGCCAAAUGAAAUUUCUCAAUUGGCUUUAAACUGAAAUAAUCCUUUCUACCUUGGUCUCCAAUAUGAGAGAGAAUUAAGCAUUAACUAUUAAGUGCUCAUGAAAAUGUACCCUUUAAGCAAUAUAAUUUAAAAAGUGAUUUUUUUGACAAUUAAAAACUGCUUUUGCAUAUAUAUCCUUUGAUAACAAUUUCAAAGCACCAUUAGCUAUAGUUAAAUCCAACACUUCACAAAGUUGAGUUUUUCAAUUUACAAAUUAAAAAUCAUCAAAAACGUAGCAUCAGAGCCAGACACAAGCUAGAUAAGAAUGAUAUGAUACGAAUAGUGAAUUUAAAUGUGAACAAUAAAGUACUCUCUCAUGCUCACAGGUGUCCAAACUUAAGGGGGCAAAUAUAAAAAAUUUAACAUCAAAGACUCCCAUAUCAGGAAUUUUAGAAAUUUUAGUUCCUAAACUAAAAAAAGUCACUCAAAAUAUUUAUAACUAAAAGCAACAUACAACUUAUGAAAAAGGAUUUUAACAGAGACAUCUGAGGGUAAGAUUUGUAUCUACUGCUUAGUUAUCAUUAGGAAAGUUAAAUUGCUUUGCCAGGUUAUUAAUUAACUAAUUGAUAAGUAAUCUACAAAAUGAUUUUAUAGCAUCUGAUUUCAAACACUAAUUAUAGCAUUUUUCAAAGUUAGUAUCCUAUAGGAAUACAAAAUACAUUACAUGCAAAUUGUGAAAAUCUGUUGCUAUGGAAAUAGGAAUCUUGGUAAAUUCUGACAUUUAUACUUUAUUAAUUUUUUCCUGAAAAUAAUAUACUCUGAUUCUCAAUCCAGGGGUUCAGAUAUUUUCAUCUUUGUUAAAAUUAAAAGCAAAGGAAUUCUGAAUUAUCCUGCUAAGAAGUCAGAGAAACUUAUAAUCACCAAACCAAUUUGGGGUUCUUAUAAAGAAAACUAACCUAAGCACUGAAUGACGUAAGAAGUAACUAUUACUUGUGACAUAUUGUCCAAGUCACAGGAAUAAAACGCAAUGCCUAGACCUGAACUUUUUUUGCUGCCAAUAUUUCUUACAGAGAUCCCAGAAUUUAUUUUUUCAAAAUAGUUUUAGUAUAUAACUUGGAAAUACUGCCUCAUAGAAAGCUGAACAGAGCACAGAAGUAUAUAUCAGUUUAAAAAGUCAAAGCUAUAUUGUGACCCAGAGAAUACCUGACAUGCCCAAAGUCAAUGACUAAUAAGUAGUGACUGAAUCCAAAUCAUCCAAUUGGUACAAGUCCCAAGUACCUUCAUAACUUUUCUAAAGAGAGAGGGGCUUGCUACAGUUAGAGGGGGGUUUGCAGAAUUCUAACCCUGGCUCUGCUGCUAACUCACUUCGACUGUUUCAAGUCAUUAAACUUCUCUAUGCCUUUGUUUCCUUUACCUCACAGGGAUAUUUUGAUGAUAAUAUAAGCGAAUACUUAAAUUCUCCGGCAGAAAAGCACUGUAUGUCUUUCACUAUGUUAAUAACUUCUCAUCUCUACCACAAGUUUCAACUGAUGCUAUCUUUUCUUUGGUUUUAGUUUUAAACUUCACAUAAUAUUGUGUAUGUGCACACAUGCAUGUGCUAUCUUUGAACAUGAGUAGCAUUCUAAGAUCCUUUUUUUCAACUUGCAAAAUGCAUAAAAGGUAGUGCAAUAUUUUAAUUUUUAUCAUUACUCAAACUCCUGUCACCCAAAGCUGUGCAGAAAAUUUUAGAAAUUCACAACAAAAUUUUCCACCCCAUUAUUCUCAAUUUAUAAGAAAAUGCAAUUCACAGCUCAUAUACUAUACAGCCAGGCCCCUAUGAAGCUUAAACACAAGCAAUGGAAGAUUAUUAAAAUGCAUACUGAUUUCCAAAAGUUAUGAACAAUUCCAACUACAAAGUAAAAAUGUAGCAUACAUUUUUUAAAAUGCAGAUGACAAACAUUAGAAAUAGUAAUGGAAAUAGGUAAUCCAUGGAAAUAGGAUGAAAAUGGAAAUAGGUAAUCAAUAUUCUAGUAAUUCAAUGAAUUGCAAUAUGCCUUCUAUUUUAUUAACAGAUACAAAACACAGACAGUUUAUAUACUCAAACCUAAAAAAGUUUCCUUGGUAAAAUGUGUUCCUCAAUACUGAAAAUUACUUUUAAGUUACCAAGGUUAACAGAAAUUUUAUUUUAAAGUAAUAUUUUAAGUUACUUAUACCAUUAUUUUUAUUCUUUUAUAGCAUAUGUAUCCUAAAAUAAUUUAGCUCUGUAACUUAUGAAGAUAUGUAAUUAUAUAUAUACCCAAUAACGUUAGCAUAUAGCUGCAUAUAAUAUUAAGGCAUAGCAAUCCACUAUAAGUGGAUUUAACCCAGGAUAAAAACAGAAAUAGCCAGGUGAAAUAAAAUAUUAUGACACAUGAUUGGUAUUUAUCUACUGAAAAAAACAGAUUACCAGAGGUGAAGACUGAGUAGUAAUCUCAAAAGUAAUGCACAGGAUUAAAUCUUCACAUACUGAGACUAUGCUAACUGCAUUGGAUUAAAAAAAUUUAUUUUAGGGUAUAAUCACCUUAGAUCAAGCUCUAUUAACAUUUUCAAUGAAUGAAUGAAAUGAAUGAAUACCUGAACAAAUGAAUAUUUGCAGUCAUGACAAUGUUUUAACACCUUGAGAUGUUCACAACAAUUUUGAGCACACAGAGAAGAUGACUUGAAUACAAACAAACUAGUUGAAAUUCAAUGUGGUUCACAAUAAAGAUGUGGUGGCUUUCUAUUUGUAGAACAAAGAAUCUCAAUCCAAAACACAUAUACAACCAAAAUACUUUCAAGUAUUAUCCAAGGCUUUAAAAAGAAUAUAUAUAUUUUGCUAUAUAAUUCCUUCUUGCUCCCCCUCCUCCUGCCACCUCCCUAUAUUUUUUAAUGUUUGGCAUAUGUGAACAACAAACCAGAAUAGAAUACACAUUUUUUUAAAGAUUAAUUUACUCAUGCUCUAUUUAAAAGCAACAUACAACCACUUAUAAAUAUAGCCUUUUAAAAAAGCAUCCUUAUAUAAAACAGGAGGGGGGGGGAAUCCCUGCUAUACAUAUGAAGCACAAUUUAAGCCCAAUACAACUGACCAAUCAAAAUUAGUGAAUGCACUGCAUCUCUCUGCAGUGGAGAGAGCGACAAGGUAGGCUGUCAUUCUGCAAAAGCUGCCCAGAACAGGCUUUCCUCUGAAAAGCAGUGCCAUUCCUUUUGAGAAAGACUGAAUCUAAAUGUUGUCUCUGGAGACAAGAAGCCUUCAGUAUGUUAAAUUACUUUCAUUAUGUAUUUUCAGAUGCUUAUUGAUUCCACAGUAGGAAGAGUGAGAGACUGCAGCAGCCUCUAAGCAGCACUCCAUGUACCAUACAUUAGCAGUACUGCUGAAACAAUGGCACAGGACAGUCACAUAUUUUCAUUAAGGUCUGUUUCGAAGAGGUGUUUCUGAGUCUCUUCUCCCAGUCCUCUACUAACAGGUGAACAAAAUGAAUCAAUCAAAACUGGAAACGCUUCAACUACAUCAAGUCUUUAGCAGAGGUAAGAUGUGUUCCUUAUCACAGUAUACAGCUGCUUUUGAACUGGCAAGUGGGGUAAAAUACUUUGAAAAAUUUCAGCCUAAAUUUUAAGAGUUAUUUGCUUAUUUUUACUUAUUGCUAAACAUGUACCUUUUAGAGCUAUUUAAGACAUGAUUAUCUUUUAGAUGUAAUUAGGAUGCAAUGUUAAAAAGAAUUCUUUGUUGAAUCACUAUGAAGAUAUCAGCUUUUAAAUCACUUUAGUUAUACUAAAUAUCUAAGGUCGUCGGCACUCUUUCUCAAGCAUUCAAAAAAUGCUUUUAUUUCUUGAAAGAAUCAGGUUUACUAUUUAGAUGUCAUCUAUUACUCAAUUUUAGGUUAAGUUUAUUAUUGGGCAUGUCCAUUGAAAAUUACUGAAUUUGCAGUUACAUUUUGUAUUACCCUUUACAUUUCAAUUACAUGAACAGUUCAUCAGUGGAAAUUGAUAGUAUUUUAUCAUGGAAUCUGCUUUAAUCAGUUAAAAUUCAAACCAUGUGCUAAUAAUUAAGCUACAGUAUUUUAUAGCAGGAAAUAUUUUUAAAUUUAUUAUAAAGAAGAAGUGACAGUAUGUUUAAUGUAAGCUAGUUGCUCUUAAGCUCUGAAAAUACAGGUUGGCUUCUAAAAUGAGAACAGAAAUUAGUUUAAAAAUAUACAGCUUUUCUCUCAUGAUAAUAUUUGUAAUGUUAACUCUGUUACUAAAUAACAAUAUUUACAAUCUUUGUUAGCAAAAAGAAUAUUUUAUUUAAAGAAACCCCUAAAUUUAUGCAAAAGCUAGGGCUCUCAUCAUACAGUUUGCUUACUUUAAUAACAAAUUCUGUGUAUGGUGUUAAAAAAAGAAAACUAAAGUAACUUUCAAUUAACUGGAAAUUAGUAGGAACCCUAUUCCUUAACGAAUUUUUUUCUUUUUUCACAAGGGUCCAAAGCAGCUAAUUCAGUAUUUACAACUGACAGUAUGAAGAAUGCAUCUGACUGAUCAUCUCCCUAGCUGUCUAAACCACAAACUGCAGGAUAUUCUUGCAACACAUGAUUUUAAGACAUCAAGGAGUUAAAACCAGAGAAUAUAGGUCUACAUUGCUGCUGGGAUAUAACAUCGACGGUAAUCAUCCUAAGAUGAUAGUAUAUAAAAUAGCCACAAAAUGAAAAACAACACAACUGUAAAAGCCUGAAAACAAAAUGGUGAGCAUUUUUCAAGGGGGAGUUUAUACUUUAACAUAGCAGAACCGUGGAGCCACCGAUUCUUGAAAAAACAAUGCAACAUGGAUUACCAAAAGAAUGACACUCAUUACCAGCAGGCUAAAUGAAGCUGAAGCAAGUAUUCUCUGCACUAAAUAUUCUGAUAUUUGUAUCAACUGAUACUACUAAAGGAUUUUUCCAGCUGAGUUUUAUGGCCAAUUAUGUAUCCUCUUCUAAUGAAAACAAACCAAAUUAAAUAGCGGAUGGUUUUUAUCAAGAGAACAUGGACUGGAUUUAUAAUAUAAAGCAAGUUAUAUGAUCAAGAAAUCAUUUCAAAAUAAUGAGGACUGCUAUAGAAAGAGAUUUACAUUUGUUAACAAAGGAUGUCUAAGUACAUUUUAGAAACUAGACACCUUAUGUUUCCUUUUUUGUUUUCACAUGAUCUGGAAAAUAAAGAGACACCAUCAUAUAUUCUCUCAAAGGGAAACAUAAUGCCUAUCAUUUGAGGAAGUUUCUCUUGGUCGUGACUUUUUAAGGCAAAACAAACACAAAUAUUUUGUGCUGGUCUUUAGAAAUCCAUCAGCCAACUAAAUCUCACAAUUCAUGCAGUUGAAGUAUUGGAGAGAAAAUGAAAGCAUUCCUACAAGACAUGAAAUAAAACACAGCUACUUCACUGUUGUCAGGGAAAAAACCAACUGCUCCAAAAGAAUGUGUUUUUCUCCCAUUCUGGAAAUCAACAUGCAGUCUGAAUCUAACAUUACAGUGCGAGAUGACAUUGAUGACAUCAACACCAAUAUGUACCAACCACUAUCAUAUCCAUUAAGCUUUCAAGUGUCUCUCACCGGAUUUCUUAUGUUAGAAAUUGUGUUGGGACUUGGCAGCAACCUCACCGUAUUGGUACUUUACUGCAUGAAAUCCAACUUAAUCAACUCUGUCAGUAACAUUAUUACAAUGAAUCUUCAUGUACUUGAUGUAAUAAUUUGUGUGGGAUGUAUUCCUCUAACUAUAGUUAUCCUUCUGCUUUCACUGGAGAGUAACACUGCUCUCAUCUGCUGUUUCCACGAGGCCUGUGUAUCUUUUGCAAGUGUCUCAACAGCAAUCAACGUUUUUGCUAUCACUUUGGACAGAUAUGACAUCUCUGUAAAGCCUGCGAACCGAAUUCUGACGAUGGGCAGAGCUGUAAUGCUAAUGAUAUCCAUUUGGAUUUUUUCAUUUUUCUCUUUCCUGAUUCCCUUUAUUGAGGUAAAUUUUUUCAGCCUUCAAAGUGGAAAUACAUGGGAAAACAAGACACUUUUGUGUGUCAGUACGAAUGAAUACUACACUGAACUGGGAAUGUAUUAUCACCUGCUAGUACAGAUCCCAAUAUUCUUUUUCACUGUCAUAGUGAUGCUAAUCACAUACACCAAAAUACUUCAGGCUCUUAAUAUUCGAAUAGGCACAAGAUUCUCAACAGGGCAGAAGAAGAAAGCAAGAAAGAAAAAAACGAUUUCUCUAACCACACAACAUGAGACUACAGACAUGUCACAAAGCAGUGGUGGGAGAAAUGUAGUCUUUGGUGUUAGAACUUCAGUCUCGGUAAUAAUUGCCCUCCGGCGAGCUGUGAAACGACACCGUGAACGACGAGAAAGGCAAAAAAGGGUCUUCAAAAUGUCUUUAUUGAUUAUUUCUACAUUUCUUCUCUGCUGGACACCAAUUUCUGUUUUAAAUACCACCAUUUUAUGUUUAGGCCCAAGUGACCUUUUAGUAAAAUUAAGGUUGUGUUUUCUAGUCAUGGGUUAUGGAACAACUAUAUUUCACCCUCUAUUAUAUGCAUUCACUAGACAAAAAUUUCAAAAGGUGUUAAAAAGUAAAAUGAAAAAGCGAGUUGUUUCCAUAGUGGAAGCUGAUCCCAUGCCUAAUAAUGCUGUAAUACAUAACUCUUGGAUAGAUCCUAAAAGAAAUAAAAAAAUUCCCUUUGAAGACAGUGAAAUACGAGAAAAAUGUUUAGUACCUCAGGUUGUCACAGACUAGGGAAAAGCCUAAGUUUCACCAAACCCACAUUCAGAAGUUUUAAAUUUAAAUUGUAAAAAAUGAAAUUACUGCCAAAUAUAAGAAAAACAUUUUAAGUACUGGUUAUGUUGUAAAUUUUCAAUGUAAAUGUCAAGAUUAGAUUAGGUCAUAUAUAUUCAAUUUCUUCAUUAAUGUAUUUGUUGCAUGGCAGUUUGUUAAGAUAAUAUCGUGUAUAUUUUGUCAAUAUUAUGUCCAUCAGAAGAUAUUCAUGUAAGUCAUAUUUUCUAAAGAAUAAAUACAUAGCCUUAAAACAGUGUAUAACUUUAAAAUAACUGACACAAGUAUUCUUGCUUUUUUUUUAAGUGUAUUGUUUCUAGGCCACAAACUAUAAAUAUAUUUAUAUGCUGAGAAGUGGAAUAGCAUUUUAACAUAAAAACCAAAAUUAUGGGUUCCAAACAAUCAAAAUGAUCUAGGAUUUUCUAUACUACUAUAUUAGUUUCCCUAGUAUGUCUACUUGCUACAGUAUUUGAUAUAUCAAAAAAAUGAAAUUUUAUCCUUUUUAGAAUACAGGAAAUUGUAGGACGUAUCAGGAUUUU